AUAUGCCUGUACUAAGAUGUGAGGAAAUGAGAUAGGAAAAACAUUGUAAACCAACAAGCCAAGAACACAAGCACCAGAAGUUCAUACUUUUCUCCUUAAUGAGGCUGAUUAGAUGAACUUUCUGUGGCCGAUAUUCUCCUAUAAAUUGCAUUUAUUGUGUUCAAAAUUUAAUAAAUUAUUUCAGAGCAAAAUUCUUUAUAAAUGUUUAUGAUAUAACCCUGCUGUAAACAAUAAAUACACAAUAAUAAUCUAAAGCAAGCAAACAAUAAAUGAGGGAAAUUAUGAGGUUUUGCUAUUAAUGAUCACAGAGAACAGAAUCAGUGUUACCAAAGGAACUUCACUGAUUCUGGCCAAAACCCUAUUCCCUAUGGAUAAACAAAAUACAGAGAGUAAAUAAUCAACACAGAUCAGGUCCCUCACUGGUUUUCAAGAGACCAACACUCACCUCACAACUGUCUUCUCUCUAAAACAUUGUCUGAGUGCACCACGAAACAUAACUAAAUAUUAAUACCAGGCCAAAAAGUGACCUUAGUGUCUAAGCUGAGUCUGUAGCCACACUGCAAAUAUUAUUACUUACUCCCCAUCACCAAGACCCUAAGGAUAAAAACCUUGACCUGCUGGAUCUUUCUUCUUUGCCCCAUGUUUUCUCCUCAAUUUCCUCUCACAUGUCUUCAUAAACUUUCCAGCUCUAUCAGUUUACAUCUUCCUUCACUCAGAUGUCAGUCAAUUGAUGCUGAUGAGAGGAAGUCAAAUAGGAAUCUUCUAGAUAAUGCAAGCAACAUACUUACGGAACUUUUGAGUGGGGGGAGCAUUGGGUCCAUGCCUACGGCUGAAGGUGCAGUCUCAGAUCUGUUUGGUCGGCCUCUCUUCUUCUCACUAUAUGAUUGGUUCUUGGAGCACGGGGCUGUGUAUAAACUUGCAUUUGGGCCAAAAGCAUUUGUUGUUGUAUCAGAUCCCAUAGUUGCAAGACAUAUUCUGCGAGAAAAUGCAUUUUGUUAUGACAAGGGAGUACUUGCUGAUAUCUUGGAACCAAUAAUGGGCAAAGGACUCAUACCUGCAGAUCUUGAUACUUGGAAGCAAAGGAGAAGAGUCAUUGCUCCUGGUUUUCAUGUUUCAUAUCUGGAAGCUAUGAUCAAAGUAUUCACAGCUUGCUCAGAAAGAACAAUAUCAAAGUUCAAUAAACUUCUUGAAGGAGCAGAGGACAAUAAUGAACAGAAGUCAAUUGAAUUGGAUCUUGAAGCAGAGUUUUCUAGUUUAGCUCUUGAUAUUAUCGGGCUUGGUGUUUUCAACUAUGACUUUGGUUCUGUGACUAAAGAAUCUCCUGUCAUAAAGGCAGUCUAUGGCACUCUUUUUGAAGCUGAGCAUAGAUCCACUUUCUACGUUCCAUAUUGGAAAAUUCCUUUGGCUAGGUGGAUAGUCCCAAGGCAGAGAAAGUUUCAGAGUGAUCUGAAGGUUAUUAAUAGCUGCCUUGAUGAGCUUAUAAAAAAUGCGAAAGAGAGCAGACAGGAUCUUGGACCCAUCACCAAAUUGUAUUUUCUCUGGCAGGAAACAGAUGUUGAGAAACUGCAACAAAGGGACUACUUAAAUUUGAAGGAUGCAAGUCUUUUGCGUUUCCUAGUUGAUAUGCGGGGAGCUGAUGUUGAUGAUCGACAGCUGAGGGAUGACUUAAUGACUAUGCUUAUUGCUGGUCAUGAGACCACAGCUGCAGUUCUGACAUGGGCAUGUUUCCUGCUAGCUCAAAAUACGACUAAAAUGAAGAAGGCUCAAGCAGAGGUGGAUUUGGUACUGGGCGAGGGGAGACCUACUCUUGAGUCUCUUAAAAACCUGCCGUACAUAAGACUUAUUGUCAUAGAGGCUCUUCGUUUGUAUCCCCAACCUCCUUUGCUGAUUAGACGUUCACUAAAGUCAGAUGUGUUACCAGGAGGAUACAAAGGAGAUAAAGAUGGUUAUGCAAUUCCUGCUGGGACCGAUCUCUUCAUAUCUGUAUAUAACCUCCAUAGAUCUCCAUACUUCUGGGACUCUCCUCAUGAAUUCGAGCCAGAGAGAUUUCUGGUGCAAAAAAAGAGUGAAGAAAUUGAAGGAUGGGCUGGCUUUGAUCCAUCUCGAAGUCCUGGAGCCUUGUAUCCAAACGAGAUUGUAUCAGAUUUCGCUUUCUUGCCUUUUGGUGGUGGACCUAGAAAAUGUGUUGGGGACCAAUUUGCUCUCAUGGAGUCUAUUGUAGCUCUGGCUUUGUUGCUGCAAAAUUUUGAUGUGGAAUUGAGGGGAACUCCUGAAUCAGUGGAACUGGUUACUGGGGCAACCAUCCAUACAAAAAAUGGAAUGUGGUGCAAACUCAGGAAGAGAUCUAGCUCGCAUCAUUGACAUACUUUAUAGUGAACAUCAUUAAGCAUGUUGUAUAUCAUUUUGCUUUCUUGUAUCCAAAAAAAAAAACAAAAGAAAAGAAAAAGAAAAAGAAAAAGAAAACAUAUACAGCUAAAGGAUGCUCAAUUAAUUAGAUUAUUUUUAGAAAAUAAUUAAGGUUUUGUA